UAAGUGACUUAAAGUACUUGCUCGAACUAAGCAACAGCAGCAGCACAAGAAGAAGAAGCGGUGGCCGGUGUGAGGUGGGACUUGGGAGAGAGAUUGUACAGAGGAAGCACGGAAGAAUGAAGAAAAUCCCUCUGAUUCUGAUGGGAUGCGGAGGGGUUGGACGCCAACUCCUCCAGCACAUCGUCGCCGGCAGAUCUCUUCACUCUAAACAGGGCGUGCAUUUGCAAGUUCUAGGAGUAUGUGAUAGUCAGUCAUCAGUUAUUACUUCAGAUGUGUUAACAACAGAGCUAGAUGACACAUUUUUAGCUGAAGUUUGCCGUAUCAAGUCCGAGGGCUCUCCUUUGCUUGCACUGAGGGAUAAAGGGGAAUGCAAAAUAUCUUCUGGAGCAGAAGCAGUGAGAACGAUCAUUGAUGUUGCAGCUCUUUUGGCUCGAUCUACAGGUUUGGCAUUUGUUGAUUGUUCUGCCAGUUCAGAGACAAUUGGGGUACUAAAACAGGUUGUUGAUUUGGGUGGUUUUAUUAUCAUGGCCAAUAAGAAGCCACUUACUUCUUCAAUGGAAGAUUACCAACAAUUAUUUGUUCAUCAACGACAUGUUCGGUUUGAGUCAACUGUUGGUGCUGGCCUCCCUGUAAUUGCAGCCUUAAACCGUAUGAUUUCAUCUGGAGACACUAUUUACCGUAUAGUUGGGAGCUUAAGUGGUACACUGGGCUUUGUGAUGAGCGAAGUUGAAGAUGGAAAACCAUUCAGCGAAGUUGUAAAAACUGCUAAAAGCCUUGGUUAUACAGAGCCAGAUCCUCGUGAUGAUCUUGGUGGCAUGGACGUAGCAAGAAAGGCUUUGAUUCUUGCUCGGCUCCUUGGCAGGAAGAUCAACUUGGACAACAUUAAGGUUGAAAGCUUGUAUCCUGAGAAAAUGGGAGCUGCCACUAUGAAUGUGGAGGAUUUCUUGAAAAGUGGCCUUCCGGAGCUUGACAAGGACUUCCAGGAAAGGGUUCAGCUAUCUGCUUCACGAGGCAACGUGCUCCGAUAUGUUUGUGUCAUAGAUGAAUCAAGCAGGUGUGAAGUUGGUCUUCAGGAGCUUCCGAAAGCUUCUCCAUUGGGACGAUUAAGAGGAAGUGACAAUAUAAUGGAGAUAUACAGCCGAUGUUACAAAAACCAGCCGUUGGUUAUUCAAGGAGCUGGAGCUGGUAACGAUACUACAGCAGCUGGGGUCCUGGCCGAUAUCCUUGAUAUUCAGGACCUUUUCGCGAAAUGAUGCUUUUGAGUUUCUUCAGUCCAAUAGAGACACCUGAGGUUCGUCGAUAAUUGAGCUUCUUAAUCCGAAUGUUUUAGAAUCACUUAUUGAUCAUACUGUUCAAUUUUUGUUUUCUUGGGAUUUUGGUUUUCUACAUAGAACUUUUGGCAGCUAAAUGGGAAUAUGACUAAAAGGCUUGCUGUAUUUUUGAAAGGCAUUUAUUAGGCUUACCAAUAUACAGAUGACAAGUAGCAUUGUUUGUGGGCCCUUUGUGGUAUUAAACUUGGAAUUUUAGGCAGAUCUUCCUAA